AUGCCAGUCUACAACCCUAUCCGGCGUAUCUCGCCAUCAGAUGCCCUUGGUGAGUCUUGUUUUGACGAGCUUCGUGAACUAGGCUCAAACGGUGCAUUGCCGAAUCUUGUUAGAAUGCCUCCCCAUCUGUUAGACCCUAAUCCAUCUCCAUCUGCACCGUUAGCAACAACACCCUCCGUCCCACCACCCCAUGAGCUUAAUUCUAUCACCGGUGCUCAUGGUUGGCCUGCACAGGAUCCACGGUAUUGGCAUGGCUCCGGCAACAAAAUGUUUGGCGAUUUGAGUGGAUUAGACAAAAAAGGUAAUAAACAGUCGGGAAUAAUCGUAAACUUAUUGGAGAUUGGCAUAGAAAAGGUCGUCCUUCUGAAUCCCACAAUUUAG